CUGUUUAAACCAACCGGUGGCGAUUAGCUUCGAGUCGUCGACUCAGUCGGAGAUUUAGGGUAGUUCCAACGGCGACUCAGUAGUCAGUCGUCUCUCCGAUCCCUUUACCUCGUGUCAGCUCAAUUCGCUGCUUUUAUCGCGUCGUUUAGGCUGGCAAUCUCGCUCAGGGCGGUGAGAGAGAUGAAUCACGGCCAACAGUCUGGCGAGGCGAAGCAUGAGGAUGAUGCUGUUCUUACAGAGUUCCUUGGGUCUCUGAUGGAUUACACUCCUACUAUUCCUGAUGAUCUAGUGGAGCACUACUUGGCUAAGAGUGGGUUUCAGUGCCCUGAUGUAAGAUUAAUAAGGCUAGUUGCUGUGGCUACACAAAAGUUUGUUGCAGAUGUUGCCAGCGAUGCUCUUCAGCACUGCAAGGCUAGACCAGCUCCAGUUGUUAAAGACAAAAAACAGCAAAAGGAUAAACGUUUAAUAUUGACAAUGGAAGACCUUUCAAAAGCCCUGCGUGAGUAUGGAGUGAACGUGAAGCAUCCAGAAUAUUUUGCUGAUAGCCCUUGAACCGGAAUUGAUCUAGAAACCAACCGCAAGCCUUGACCAUAUUUGCCUAGUAAGGAUGAUCGUGUGUGAGAGAUCCCUGGUUUUAUGUUAGUGUUUCAGUGAAAUAAAACUCUCUCUCUUCCUAGUUACAUGUAUAUUCUUUUUGUUAUUUGUUUCUUGACUCGUGUCUCUCUUGAUAAUAAUAUUUCUGAGUUCUUGGUAU